GCUGCCCGUCAGUGGGCGGUGAUAGUUGAGCCUGAAUAAAUUGCUCCUGCACACAGAGGUAGGUCGUGUUGCAGAUCGUCGAUCCUGUGUUUAAUUGACUACACGCUGAAGAUGGAAAAUACUCAGGCCAAAGUGCAGAGGAAGCCUGUUCGCCUCAUCGCGGCGGCCUGCAAUGACAUGGGCAUCGGGAAAGACGGGAAAAUGCCCUGGAGUUUACCAUCGGAAUUUCAGUGGUUCCUGAACAAAGUCACAGGGGUGUCGAGACCAGGAAAGUUCAACAUGGUGGUGUGGGGAAAACUGUGCUGGUUCUCCCACCCACAAAGCACUUUCCCACUGCCCAAUACUCUUCAUGCGGUGCUGAGUUCAACACUGGACUCACCUCCAGAUCAUGCCCACUUUGUGUGUUCAGACCUAGAGGCAGUUGUCCACCUGGCUGGGACCCCCCCCCUCGCUGACCUGAUAGAGACCAUCUGGAUUGUUGGAGGAAUGCAGGUUUACAAGGAAGCUCUGCAGCACCGGUGGUGUGACUUGGUUUACUUGACGAAGGUCAUGGCAGAUUUUGACUGCGACGUUUUCUUCCCCGAGUUUGACAGAGAACUCUUUAAACUACAAGAAGGAUUUCCUGGUGUACCGAGUGAAAUUCAAGAAGAGGAGGGCGUUAAGUACCAAUUCCAAGUAUUCAAGAGAGAAACCGGCGACAAGGCUUAGACAAUUUACAGAGACAGAACUUGCUCAUUACUUUAUCACCUUUCCAGACUGAGUGCCGAGUCAACCCAUGGACAGGGAAAGCCAAAGUCUUGCUAAUUCUUUUUGUAUUAUAUGGAAAGUCUAGUCUUUUGUGAUUUUGAUAGUGUUUGUAAAUGAAAAUGGUAAGAAUUGCAUUAAGAAAAAACUGAUGUUUAUGUGAAAUUACUUUCAUUAAAAAAUAUGUAUACACAAAUAAAUCAAACAAUCUUUCUUCA